UGCAGAAACUAUUUAUGUUCAGGUUCCAAAUGUCAGAGUUUUCCUUCAUAUUUCAUUUGUUAAACAGGCAUUUCAGAAUUGUUUAUAGCUUUAACUCAUGUUAUUGUAUUUUAGUCCCUUUGCUUUUGCUGUAUGUUUAGCUACUUUUUACUCUGAGACGGGUUGUGGUCGAAUAGUCAGUUUAGCUUAGGAAGGUUCCUAACGGAGCGAAAUGACCCGGAAGUACCCAAGUGGCAGCCAUGAUAAGAGUUGUUCGAAUUCUCAAGAUGAUAGGAAAGGAGCUUUGAAACUUCCUUUAUAACAUCCUUUAGCUUAGGAAACACUGGACCUCCCUUUACGAAAUGAAAGGAGAAAUUGCUGUCACACAAUGCCUUGCAUUGCAUUUCACGUGACACAACAUUCGGCGAUCGUGACGGAGAAAUGCGUUUCAUGGAAGUUAUGGUGCUUAUUAAGCAGUUUAAAACGUAUGUUGUAACUUGCUAAAGUGCUUUGUUUUGAACGUUCAACACUGUAUUAAUCAAAAGGACGAAAUAAAGUCCACAUUUCAGUGUAAACUUACUGAGCUGUGUGGUUUUUCUGAAACAUUUUAAAACAUGUUUGAAUUGUGAUAUACAAAGUGAUAGGUUAAGGCAUAACUACUUUAUAAUAAACACAUUUGUCUUUAUUUUAAAAUAUUUUCAUAUAAUCAUACGUAGCCUAUUGGGAUUCAUGUGGGUCAGAGGGUGAGUGUGACAAGCAUAAGUUUCACUUUCCUUUUUUAUUUCAAUUCCAACUUUUGUAAUGAAGAACAUAUGUUUCAGUGUUGUCCACGUUCAUACAGCAUAAAACAACACCAUCAGAGAGCACGGUGCAAAGUAGAUGCACUUUCAGUAGUCAGCUUUAUAGAAAGCUGUAGUUUCCCCACAGCAGACGCACAUUAACAACGUCUGCUGGCGCAUCAUAAACACGUAGGAUAGUCUAAGUGCAGUCGGAUUCUCAAAGCACCGCAGUCUCUUUUCCUAAGUCCUUCUGAAUUCUCAUAUCCACUGUUCCUUAACCCCGUGACGUUUCACGCAAAGGUCAAGGAAUAGUAGAUAGCUGAUUUUUUUUGACAAUUCGACCGUGCCCAUAAACUCAAGAUCAACAUUUGCUGUGAUGUCAUCUACAGUGAAACAGGAAGUCUCAGACCUCUCUAUCUCGGUGCCAUGGGGGGAGAUCAAAGGGAAAGCUUGGGGUCCUGAACAUGGUCGUCCUGUGCUCUGCCUGCAUGGCUGGGCUGACAACUCUGGCACAUUCAACACCCUCAUUCCCCUUUUACCCAAAGAGUGCAGAUAUGUGGCAGUGGACCUGGCCGGUCACGGUUUGUCCUCUCAUCGUCCUGCUGGAGUUCUCUACACGUUUCCUGCUUACCUGGCUGACGUACGCAGAAUCGUUGACGGCCUCCAGUGGACAAAAUUCACCAUCAUAGGCCACAGUAUGGGUGGCAACAUCGCUGCAAUGUUCAGUGCACUGUAUCCUGAGAUGGUAGAUGCCUUUGUACUGCUGGACGCAUAUGGAUUCUUGCCUACGGAUCAAAAAGAAAUACCCAAAGUGAUGCGACAGGGGAUUGAUGAGAUGAUUCAGUAUGAGAAAAAGACAGAAGAGAAGAAAAGAGUUUACACGUAUGAGAAAGCAGCUGAGAGGUUGUUCGCUGCAAACCCGUCUCUGUCUGAGCGGUCUGUACGCAUCCUCUUAGAGCGAGGUCUCGUUCAGGUUGAAGGAGGGUUUGUGUUCUCCAGAGACCUACGAAUUAAUUUUAAAAAUAUAGUGCGCAUCACCCUGGAGCAGAGUCUGGAGAUACAGUCGAGGAUUCAGGCAUCCGUUCUAGUUGUUCUAGGAGACAAAGGCUUUGGUGCAACUACUGGUCCAGAAUUAUACCCAAGGAAACUUGCCUCUAAACUUCUCCAAGGAUAUCAUGACAGAAAUCACACGGUGGUGACGGUACCAGGCGACCAUCACGUCCAUCUGAAUGAUCCUGAAGUUGUCGCUCCACUAGUUUCUGACUUCCUGCGGACUAAAGUGUUAUCUCAGCAUCUGCCGGCAUAGUACACAUACACGCACACACGCACACACACACACACACACACACACACACACACACACACACACACACACACACACACACACACACACACACACACACACACACACACACACACACACACACACACACACACACACACACACACACACACUCUCAGAGAGUUCUAUCACUGACUAAGUGUGAUAAAUACAUGUACAUAACUUUUACCAUGCUGUCAAUCAACCAAACCAAGAACCAGAUCUAAUUCAAAUCAUCUAUAGGACAAAACAUAAUUUGUGCAGCUGGGACGUCGCAUGUCAUUAUUUCAUUUGAAGCUGAUGUAUGAAACUUGGCUGCUUCUCAUAAACCUAACACUUCUGUGAGCUAAAAAUGGCAGUCAUUAAAAGAGAUGACAUCCUCUGACAACUUUUCAUUAUGUAGGCCAAUCCUGUCUGUGUUCAGCUUUUGUGUUGCAGCCAGCAGGACAAAAAGCAAAAUCUUAUUCCCAGCCCUUCACUCAGUGGAGUGACUGAAUAAAACCCUAGAGCUGCUGCCAGUCAGAGCAGAUAUUAGAGGUGCAGCUCACAAAAAAAUGCCCCCCUCUCUUUGUCAAUGUCACAUAAACUGUGUGAUGGCCUUGCUGUUAAAUGGAGUGGAAUCGAUUUUACGCAGCGAGCAGCAAGGCGGCAAGCAUCCACAGACAUCUGAAGGCCCCCCCCCCCCCCCAACAAAAAAAUAUUAUAGUUAUAUAACUUUCCCUCCCACUCCCUCCAUCCUCUCCACCAUCAGCAGGGGUGUUGUCAUAGCAACCCCCACCCCUCCUCUUGAACGUCAGCGCCAGGAGCACGGAGGAUGAAGCCGCAUGCAGCUCCUGUCUCUUGUGUCUCUCACAGAGCAUCACCUGUGAUUUUACUCGUCUCACAUGCAACAGUCGGGAGCUGCGGCGCCGGAUAUUAUCUGAUGACUGAUUUGACUCGCGGCUGCUGCUCAUCACACACCAUCUAAAGACCGAGAGCAGCUGAUUCAGCAGCGUCUGUAGCAGUGAUGUCGUGGCUCUUCCUGGACUGGUUCGUGCCCCUCUACCUGCUGGUGUCUGUCCUGGUGCUGGCAGGCUUCGGAGCGUGCCUUUACUUCCUCGAGCCCGGGCUGCAGGACGCCCACAAGUGGAGCAACAAAACUGUCCGACAUCACCCGCUGGUGGCCAGUGUGAACUGCAUGGAUGACGAUAGCAAUGCCCUGAUAUGAUCAAGAGGGCGAGGCGGAGCAGGGCGGGAGGCCAUCUGGACAGCAGGGUGCUGCCAGGACACCGGUGGGAUGGGAGCCAACACCUUAAAGAUGAAUAAAGAAAGAGUGAGGAGAAUUGCUCUGUCUAAUCAUUCCAACUUUUCUCUGAUCUCUAACAUCCUUAAGGUAGAGAUCAGGGGAAAGUAAAGCAGAGAGGAACUGCACGAGGUGGAGGAGACUUUAUUCAGGAUGUGAUUGGGAGUUGAAUGGGAGACACGUUGCCCUUUAGAAAUGUGAUUAAAAAACAUGAUGUAAAUUUCACGCCAUCUUAUACUUGUGCCAACUUUUACAUACGUUUUGUAAUUUGACAAUCACUUUACAUGAAUCAUGAAGUUUACUUGCUAUAUUCUGCAUUUGAUUAGUGAAGGAAAUGAUAUAAGUGCAAUGAAUGUAUUGCCAGCAGGAAGGGUUUCUUACUGGUAAUGGCGGCACAGCAGCUGCUCAGAAGCAUGAGGAUUGUUAGAGCCACCGUGCCAAAAUCGUUUUAGAGGUAACUUUAUUAUAAUAAUAUGUAUUGAAUAAUUGAUAACUGAUAUACGCAAGGUGCCAAGACUAUCCAUGGUGGACCAAGAUUAUAGAAAAGUACUACUUGGUAGUACUCAAAGUGUAUUUUUUGUGUCUUCAUUGUUUUUACUUGACAGCAUGGUGAGGAAACUUUGGGUAUGUAACAACCCUCUUUUGAUGAUCAUAUGCUUCCUUUAUUCAUGCUUAAUAAAAUGGUUUAAUCCUCAA